AUCCAGUUAGAAUGUGUUCAACACAUAUAUAAUAGCAGCCGGCAAACGCGAAUUGAUUUAUAUAGCAUUAAAGAAACUCAAUUUACAUUAUUAUAAUUUAAUAAUUUAGUGCAUAAUUUUAGAAAAAAGAAAUUGGUAGUUGUUUAGCAGAUUUGGGAAAUGCUGGAAACGCGGUAAUGUAUUUCAUGGCUUAGACGAAUUUCCAGCCUCUGUUCUUGCACUUUCCGGCAUUAUUCGAGGUUGGUGAUUGGAUUUCAGAGGUAGAUUAAUUGUUUGUCAAGCUUUCUUUCCCUUCUGGGCAUUGAAGUCCAAGUUUCAUUUUUAUUGAUUUUUGGAGGGAAAGAAAGCCGAGAGAUAUUGAAAGGUUAGUUUUAGCUAGUUUUUAUAAUUUAAAUCCGAAAAAUAUUAGAAAAAAAUGAGCUUCAUCUCCGGUGUGAUCUCGAGGCAAGUCAUGCCUGCAUGUGGUAGCUUGUGUUUCUUUUGCCCUUCAUUGCGUACAAGGUCUCGGCAACCUGUCAAGAGGUAUAAGGCACUGAUUGCCGAUAUAUUUCCUCGCAAAAAGGAGGAUGGUCCAAAUGAUCGCAAGAUAGGAAAACUAUGUGAAUAUGCUUCAAAAAAUCCUUUACGCAUCCCAAAGAUCACCGAGUCCCUUGAGCAAAGGUGCUACAAGGAGUUGAGAAAUGAGAAUUUUCAAUCAGUGAAAAUUGUUAUUUGCAUUUACAAGAGAUUAUUGGUUUCAUGUCACGACCAAAUGACACUAUUUUCCAGUAGUUUGCAAAGCAUUAUACAGACCCUGCUAGAUCAAACACGGCAGGAUGAAAUGCAAAUUCUAGGAUGUCAGACUCUUUUCGACUUUGUAAAUAAUCAGAAGGAUAGUACUUGCAUGUUCAACUUAGAAGGCUUUAUUCCAAAAGUUUGUCAGUUAGCUCAAGAAACUGGAGAAGGUGAAAGGGAGAAAAAUUUACGAGCAGCUGGGCUGCAAGCAAUUUCUUCAAUGAUUUGGUUUAUGGGUGAACACUCUCACAUUUCGGUGGAGUUUGAUAAUAUGGUUUCAGUUGUCUUGGAAAAUUAUGGAGGCCCGAUGAAAAAUUUAGAGGAAAAUAAUAGUGGUCAAAGUCGAUGGGUGCAAGAAGUGCAAAAAAUUGAGAGUCGCAUGUCUCCAUUGCCAAAUUUUCUCACAAAAGUUCCUUCAUGGCGGACAAUUGUAAAUGAAAAGGGAGAACUAAAUGUGGCAACGGAAGAUGCCCGGAAUCCCUCCUUUUGGUCUAGGGUUUGCUUACAUAACAUGGCAAAACUAGCAAAGGAAGCUACAACAGCACGACGGAUUUUCGAGUCUAUGUUCCGUUACUUUGAUAAUGAAAAAUUAUGGUCUGUUCACAAUGGUCUUGCCUUGCCAGUCUUAAGGGAAAUGCAGCUUUUAAUAGAUAGUUCUGGACAGAAUGCACAUUACCUUCUGUCCAUACUAGUUAAGCAUCUUGACCACAAAAAUGUCCUCAAACAACCUGACAUGCAACUUCAAAUUGUAGAGGUUACAACAUCUCUUGCUCGAGAUUCAAAAGUUGAGCCUUCUGUAGCAAUACUUGGUGCAGUUAGUGAUGUUAUGAGGCAUUUACGAAAGAGCAUACAUUGCUCACUCAAUGAUUCAAACAUGGGAACUGAAGUUAUAAACUGGAACAAGUACUUCAAAGAAGCAGUGGAUAAGUGUCUUGUACAGUUAUCACAUAAUGUUGGUGAUGCUGCUCCAAUUCUUGAUGUUAUGGCUAUGAUGUUGGAAAAUAUCACAAAUAUUACAGCUAUAGCAAGAACUACAAUCUGUGUUGUCUAUCGCACUGCUCAAAUUGUAGCCUCAAUUCCAAAUCCAUCCUAUCUAAACAAGGCAUUUCCUGAGGCUCUGUUCCAUCAAUUACUCCCAGCUAUGGUACACCCUGACCAUGAAGUACGUGUUGGAGCUCACCGUAUCUUUUCUGUUGUUCUUGUGCCAUCUUCAGUUUGCCCUCAUCCAUCCUCUACUAGGGGAGUAAAACUGAAAGCUUCCAGUAUUCCAAGAACACUUUCAAGAACUGUCUCCGUUUUUUCUUCUUCAGCUGCCCUUUUCGAGAAGUUAAGGAGAGAGAAAUCCUUCUCAAGGGAGAAUGCUUCUCUAGAGAACAAAGAAAAUAUUGCUAGUGAGGAGCAACUAGAAAUCAGUCAAAAUGAGAUUCUGAUUAGAUUAAAGUCAUCUUACAGUAAAGCAUACAGUUCAAGAAGCCCACCGGUAUCUUCUGAAGCAGACGAAAAUUCUCUAAGCAAUUCAAAUACGGAAUAUGAGGCCAAUUCCCUACGGCUUAGUAGCACCCAGAUCAGUCUCUUGCUUUCAUCAAUUUGGGCCCAGUCCGUCUCUCCUCAAAAUACACCGCAAAACUAUGAAGCAAUCGCUCAUACCUACAGCCUCGUGUUGCUUUUCUCUCGAGCCAAGAAUUCUAGUAACGAGACACUUGUUCGUAGUUUCCAGCUAGCUUUUUCACUACAAAGCAUAGCUUUCAAUGAAGGAGGGCCACUUCCACCAUCACGUCGUAGAUCUCUUUUCACAUUGGCAACUUCGAUGAUUCUCUUCUCAUCAAAAGCAUUUAAUAUUAUCCCUAUUGCUGACUAUGCCAAGGUUGACAUAACAGAAAUAACGGUUGAUCCGUUUUUGCGCUUAGUGGACGAUCGCAAGUUACAGGCAGUUAACACUGGACUCAACCAGCCAAAAAAUGUUUAUGGAUCGAAAGAAGAUGAUACUUUGGCUUUAAAGACUCUCUCGGAAGUUCAGUUACCCUCAGAGCAACAUAGGGAAACCCUUGCUUCCGAGAUUGUGAGAAGCUUGGGACACUUGUCAGAGCCUGAAUUGUCCAGUAUACGGGCACGACUGUUGAGAGAAUUCUUGCCUGACGAUGUGUGUCCACUAGGUUCACAGUUUCCUACGGAUGCUCCGCAUAAAGUAUAUCAAGCCAGUGCUGAAGAGAAUGAAUUUAUUAUUAAGGAGGUAAAUACCCUUGCACCACCUUCUAAAUUUUAUCUAUCGAUGCUUGAAACUCAAGUGAUUUCUUUGCAGGGAGCUCCAAUUUUUUCAUUUGAUGAUGAUGAUGAUGAUGCUUUUGUAGAACCAUUCGAAGGUCAAAUCAUGGAUAAUUCAGAGUUUUCCGGAGAAAUUUCAAAUCUCAUGGAUGUCAAUCAACUACUAGAAUCAGUCUUGGAGACAGCGUAUCAGUUUGGAAGAAGUUCCGUCUGCACUGGACCCAACAUGUCUUACAAGGAAAUUGCCCAUCAUUGCGAGGCACUCGUAACAGGGAAGCAGCAGAAAAUGUCUCAUUUGUUGAGUGCCCAACUAAGACAAGAUAACAUGACAAACCAGGCAGGUCCAAUCGUUGAGCAAACUGGCAAUACCAAUCUAUUCAAACAACUGACGGGAACUCUUCCAAUGCCAUGUGCUACUGAGUACCAUAAUCAUCCCUCGUUCUUCAGUUUACCAGCCUCAACUCCAUAUGAUAACUUUCUAAAAGCUGCUAGUUGUUGAUCCUAUAAAAGUAUACAGUUAAAUUCUUGAGCAAAAGUUUCCAGUUACUGUUCCCUGAGGAUGACAAAAUUUCGGACUAUUUUUGGUUCUUGCUAUGUUUAGUAAUUGUGAUUUAGAUUGAUUGAGUUUGUUACCAUUUAGCAUUUAAUUCAUUCAUUUUUUCCCAUUUUUCUUUCGUUCUAUGUGUAGUUUGCAAGAGGUCGCAAGAGUCUCCCUACUCUUCAUCUUGCAAGUAAAUUUACUUUAGUUAUUCUUUAGCAUUGUGAUGGACUUGAAUGUAAAAAUAUAGACAAUUUUGGAAUAUGAGAAACCAUAUUGUUACUUUAUAGAAGAAA